AUGAUUCCACCUCCAAUCGAUGCAGUGUUAUUGCACGAACACGCAUACCAGGACACCGGGGACCUGAGUUAUGUGCUUAAUUUGGAGACUUUUACGGAUGAUGGAGGAUACAAACCCAUCCUGAAAUAUGGGCUGGGGUUCUUCAAUUAUGAUUUGGCCCUAACGAGUGAAGUCUACGACAGGUCGUGGAUUGAAAUGUUCCGUUUCCAUCUCUAUGAGAAUUUUGCAUUUUAUUUUCUAAUAUUCCUAGCACUGUUCUUAUUAUGGGCACUUGUCAUGGUUGCACAGCUGAAUCAUGCAGGCCAAAUGGUUUUUGGUAAGAAUAAGAAGUUCGAGAAAGAGGAUGAUUUGGAAUAUCACCAUAUCAAAGUUUAA